AUGAUAACACCAAAACUUGAACUUCUUUUUUUCAUCAUCAUGUUCCACGUAAACUCUCGCUUUCGUUAUAAAUUAAGCUAUAACUUCGAACUCCCAUGUUCAGUUCAACACAUUUACAAGUUCUUCGAUCUAAUGGAAACCCAUUUCCUAAUUUUAUCUCUCGCCUUCCUCUUUUUCAUUUCUCUUAAACUUUUGUUUGGUAAACGGCAUAGCAAGUUUAACCUACCACCAAGUCCGGCUAGGCCACUUCCGUUUAUUGGACACCUUCACCUCCUAAAACAGCCGCUUCACCGCACAUUCCUCUCAUUCUCUCAAUCACUAGGUGAUGCCCCGAUUUUCUCCCUCCGCCUCGGAAACCAUCUCACGGUUGUUGUCUCUUCCUACUCCAUCGCUGAAGAAUGUUUUACAAAAAACGACAUUGUUUUGGCCAAUAGGCCAAAGUUCAUUCUCGGGAAACACAUUGAGUACAACUUCACCACUAUGACCAGUGCGCCUUAUGGUGACCAUUGGCGAAACCUACGCCGUAUCGGCACCCUGGAGAUCUUUUCGUCACACAAGCUCAACGGCUUUUUAUCUGUCCGUAAAGAUGAGAUCCGACACUUGUUAUUGCGCCUCUCAAAAAACUCGCAACAUGGUUUUGCAAAGGUUGAGAUGAGACAAUUGUUUUAUGAUUUGACUAUCAACAACAUUCUUCGAAUGGUGGCUGGGAAACGAUUUUAUGGAGAGGGGACAGAACAAGAUGAAGUUGCGCGGCGAGUGACACAACUGAUUGACGAGAUUGUGUACAGGGCUGGCGUUGGGAAUGCAGCCGAUUAUAUACCGAUUUUGCGUUGGAUCACAGAUUUUGAGAAAGGGGUCAAGGAGUUGGCGAGUCGGGUCGAUGAGUUUUUGCAGAGUCUGGUGGAUGAGAGACGUGUGCAUAAACAAAAGGGUAACACUAUGAUGGAUCACUUGCUUUCUCUCCAAGAAACUCAGCCUGAUUACUAUACAGAUGUCACUCUUAAAGGAAUCAUAAUUGUUAUGAUACUUGCCGGGACUGAAACAUUAGCAGGGACUUUAGAAUGGGCGAUGCUUAAUUUGUUGAACCAUCCAGAAGUAUUAGAGAAAGCGAGGACCGAAAUCGAUACCGAAGUCGGUUUUGACCGGUUAAUGGAUGAAGCUGAUACUAAAAAUCUGCCUUAUCUCCAAUGGAUUGUGUUGGAGACCUUACGUCUUUACCCGGUAGCUCCAACAAAUAUUCCACACAUGACGUCAGAUGAUUGCAUAUUGGCAGGAUACGACGUUCCACGUGGGUCGAUGUUAUUGGUGAACGUAUGGUCCAUGCAUAGAGACCCGUCUAUAUGGGAAGCCCCAGAAAUGUUCAAGCCAGAGAGGUUCAAAAAUGAAAAGCUUAAUCAGAAGUUGUUGUCGUUUGGGUUUGGACGACGAGCUUGUCCCGGGGUUGGCCUAGCUCAUCGGUUAAUGAGCUUGGCUCUUGGAUCGAUGGUUCAGUGUUUCGAAUGGCAGAGAAUUGGUGAAGAAUAUGUAGACACUAGAGAAGAACCUAUGGCCAUGAUGCGUCCUGCGACACCGUUGCUAGCCAUGUGUAAAGCUCGUCCCAUUGUCCAUAAGUUUCUCGAUGCUUUUGCUUGA